AUGUACCCAUUCAACAUAGAUGUUGUGAAAUGCCCUGAGAAUGAUCCUCUUCCUAUUCCACAUGAGUGGUACCAGCCGGGUGGUCUUGUCAUUGGUUUGAUUACUUCUCAGAUUUUUUAUGUUUUUGAUGAGCUUUCUUUUGAGGAACAUCCUUCUCAAAGGCUCUUUGAUGUCCCACAUGUGGUGACGAAGUUCUACCAGCACAGUCUUGCCUUGACAUUUGCAGUAAAUGAGAUCAACAGGAAUCCUAAAAUCUUGCCCAAUGUCACACUUGGAUUCCACAUCUAUGACAGCUACUACAAUACAAGGAUGACCUACAGGACCACCCUGGAUUUGCUCUACAAACUGCAUAGAUUUGUCCCCAACUACAAAUGUGACACCCAGAAAAAACUGGUAGCCAUCAUUGGGGGUCUUGGCAUUGAAACCUCCUCCUGUCUUCAGAAGGGUUGGGAUUAUCAGAUGUUUGAGGGUUCCAUUGCGUUCAUGAUUCACUCAAAAGAUAUUUUAGGGUUCAAGGAAUAUCUUGAAAGCAUAAAGCCUAAGUGGACUCAAAGAACAACCUUUCUCAAAGAUAUCUGGGAACAAGCGUUUGAUUGUAUAUUUCCAGAUUUAAGCAUGUUGGCAGAAAGCAAUGAAACAUGUACUGGACAGGAAAAGCUAGCUAGUCUUACUACAGAUCUUUUUGAAACGCACAUGACUGGCCAAAGCUACAGUAUCUAUAAUGCCGUUUAUGCUUUAGCUCAUGCUUUGCAUUCCAUGGACAUAUCUAGAUCAAAGCCCAGGCCAAUGGUGUGGGUUCAUGGUGUUGACCUUCAAUCUUUGCAGCCUUGGCAGCUCCAUGCAUAUCUUGAUGGCAUUGUGUUUAACAACUCAGCAAAGGAAACCAUGUCAUUUAAUGAAAAAAGGGAAAUGGGAGGAGGAUUUGAUGUUGUGAAUAUGGUGACCUUCCCAAAUAAGUCCUUCCAGAAAGUGAAAGUUGGUAGGUUGGAUCCCAGUUCUCCUGAAGGAGAAGAACUCACGUUUAAUGAGGAUAUGAUUGUGUGGCACAGAUGUUUUAACCAGGUGCUUCCCAUUUCUGUCUGUAAUGAACACUGUCAGCCUGGUAAUGAAAAGAAAAAGAAGGAAGGGGAAAAGUUUUGCUGUUAUGAUUGCAAUCCAUGCUCAGAAGGGAAGAUUUCAAACGAGACUGAUAUGAAUGACUGUUUCAAAUGCCCAGAAGAUCAUUAUCCAAACAAGAAUAAACAUGGUUGCAUUCCAAAAGUUAUGAACUUCCUGUCUUACGGUGAACCUUUAGGGAUCAGUUUAACCUCAGUUGCCAUUUCUUUUUCUCUGAUCACAGCCUUGGUGCUGGGCAUUUUCAUCAACCAGAGAGAUACGCCCAUAGUCAAAGCCAAUAACCGGGACCUCACCUACACUCUGCUCAUCUCCCUCCUCCUCUGCUUCCUCUCUUCUUUGCUAUUCCUCAGACAACCAGGGAAACUGACCUGCCUUCUCCGACAACCAACUUUCGGCAUCAUCUUCUCAGUGGCUGUUUCUUGUGUCUUGGCAAAAACCACACUUGUUUCCCUGGCAUUCAGAGCCACAAAGCCUGGAUCUGGGUUAAAGCGAUGGGUUGGGAAAACACUGGCUCAUUUCAUUGUCCUUCCAUGCUCCCUUAUUCAAGCCACCAUUUGUGUCAUCUGGCUGGCAACCACUCCUCCUUUCCCUGACUUUGACAUGCACUCUGUGACUGAAGAAAUCAUCCUGAUAUGUAAUGAAGGCUCAGUCACCAUGUUUUACUGUGUCCUGGGCUACCUGGGUUUCCUGUCCAUUGCCAGUUUCAUUGUGGCCUUCCUGGCCCGCAAGUUACCUGACAGUUUUAAUGAAGCCAAGUUUAUUACAUUCAGCAUGUUGGUGUUUUGCAGUGUGUGGAUCUCUUUUGUUCCAACUUACUUCAGCACAAAAGGCAAAGCCAUGGUGGCUGUGGAGAUCUUCUCCAUCUUGUUCUCCAGUGCUGGGUUGCUGGGCUGCAUCUUUUUCCCCAAAGGCUACAUUAUAGUGUUGAGGCCCGAACUGAACAGCAGGGAGCACUUAAUAAGGAGAUAG